UCGAGCGAUCAACAUAUUAUCUUGAGCGAUCAACAUCUUAUCUCGAUCGAUCAACAUCUUAUUUCGUUCGCACGACAUCUUAUCUCGAGCGAUCAACAUCUUAUCUCGUGCGCACGACAUCUUAUCUUGAUCGCUCGACAUCUUUUUCUAACAUGUUUUGUUUUGUCAUAUUGUGUGCGAUGCUCAUGCCGAACAGCCUUUCUGUGAAAUGGAAAUUGAUGAAAUUAUAUGCCAGUGCUACAACUUUGGUUUAAAACAAAAAGAGAUUGUAUCAGUUUUAUCAUGUCAGUUUGGCUACACAAUUUCCAUUCGACACUUAAGAAGAAUUCUUAGCCGACUGAAUCUAUGUCGUCGUAAUCGAACAGACAUCAUCAUUGUUGCAAAUUUUAUUGCUGACAACUUGAAAUUUUCAGGACAGCAGCAUGGAUACCGCUUAAUGCAUUUAAAAUGCUCACUUUCCGGCCUCUCUAUCGGUAUGCAUGACGUUAGAAAUCUUCUUAAGAUACUAGACCCAGAAGGAGUAGAUUUACGUCGACGAAAACGACUUGUCCGGCGAAGAUACUAUUCUAAAGGACCUAACUUUAUGUGGCAUAUUGAUUCUUACGAUAAGUUAAAACCAUACGGAAUAGCUAUCAACGGGUGUAUUGACGGAUUUUCAAGAUAUAUAUUGUGGUUAGAGGCCAACUAUACAGCAAGUGAUCCAAGAGUAGUAGGCGCUUACUUUGUGUCUGCUGUUGAAAACCUAGGAGGAUGCCCAGAAUACAUGCGAGGAGAUAGAGGCACUGAAAAUGUUGUUGUGGCUCAGCUGCAGACUUUCUUUCACGAAACAUUUAACCCUGCAAACACAACUGAACACUUUAGGUAUGGUCGAAGCACAGCAAAUCAGAGAAUCGAAAACUGGUGGUGUUUCCUGAGGAGGCAAUGCACAGAAUUUUGGAUAUCCUUUUUUCAAAUGCUCAAACGAGAUGGAUUAUUCAACGGAAAUCUACUAGAGCUGGAAAUAAUGCGGUUUGUCUUUAUGGAAAUCAUCCAAAACGAUCUUGACGAGAUUAAAAUGCUGUGGAACUUGCACCCAAUAAGGAGAACAAACAAUGAUCAAUUGGCUUACGGGCGUCCUGUGAUGAUGUUUACAUCACCUGAAGAGUAUGGUGUAUAUGACUACAUACGUCCGGUUCCUUGUCAUUACCUACAAGAGUGCAAGGAAGAAUGUACAUUUAAGGAUAACGUCUUUUGUGACGUAGAUGUAAAUGAAAUGUGUAUACUUCUGAUGCAAGAACAUGGAUGGCAAAAAGCAAACGAUGCAAUUUCCGGUCGCGAACUGUACGAAAGGUUAAGAAGAAGGCUUCAAACUGUCGUGUGAUAACAAGUUAUUAUCAGAGACAGUGUAGCCAUUGAUUUUGUGAAAUGGCUUCGGUGCAUAAGCACAUGAUACAUGAUUGUAACAAAUACGUUUAUUAUUUUAUAUGGCAGAUAUGAAAAUAUGG